UUUUUUGGUUUGUAAUAAUGAGAAUAAGGAAACGUUUUCCUCCUCCAUCAGAUCCCCAACUAAACACCAAAAAUGAAUCUCUACCGUCUGAUCUUCCAAAUCUGAGUCUUCCACAGCCGUCUGAUCAACCGGCGACCGUCACCGGAGCUAAAACAACCACCAGCUGGGUUCUCUUUGGUGGCAACAACAAUAAUCCACCAAAAAUAGAACAAAAGGAUAUGGAAGAUGAAGAUGGGAAAUUAUGGAGAGAGAAAAAAGAGAUUAUUGAUAGUAAUAUUGACAAUGAUCACAAGAAAGAAUUAAGCUUUUUGAGUACAACACAAAUAGGUUCUUUGAUUCAUCAACCAUCAUCAUCUUCUGAUCUAGAUGGUAGAUGGUGUGAAGAAGAUCAUAAGGUAAUUCCAUUGAAAAAGAGGUCAAGAGACAACUAUCAUCACCAUCACCACCAUGACACAAGUAAUAUUAACACGAUGAAAUCGAAGACAAACAAGAAAUGUCCACAAGAAAAUGGUAACGAGGGGGAGCAAGAACACGAGGAACAUUAUCAACGAAUUAAUAGUGAUCAUAAAGUUGAGCACGUAAACAAGAAGAACAAAAGAGGAAGUGUUAUAUUAGAGGGAUCAAGGUGUAGUCGUGUUAAUGGGAGAGGAUGGAGAUGUUGUCAACAAACCCUUGUGGGAUAUUCAUUAUGUGAACAUCAUUUGGGUAAAGGAAGACUUAGAAGCAUGAAUAGUACUACAGUUCGAAACUCGAUGAAUAUUAAGAAAAAGAAGAAGAAAGUAGAAGAAAAGGAUAAGGAAUCGUACGCGUUGAUAAAUGAUCAUGAAUAUUAUGGUAUUGAUGAUGAUAAUAAUGAUGAUGACGAUGACAAGAAAAAGACGAAGAACAAGAAGAUGAAGAAGCUUGGAAUGGUGAAAGCUAGAUCUUUGAGUAGUCUACUCGGUCAAACGGACAAUGCAGUUGCAAUGAUGAUAGUUGAUAAUGAUAAUAAAAACGAGUAACAAAUUAUGAAGAUGUAGAUCUGAUAUUAUUUCACGUACUUAUAGAUGUUAUGGCUAGCGUUCGUGUCAGAUCUUUCAAAAUGUUAUGCUUAUGCAAUUAUAUAUGUUAAGGGUUCAACAUGCAUGAGUGCAUGUGACAUUUAUAUUAUUAUUGAAGAAUUUGAGUAACAUAGCUAGUUGGAAUUAGUUUUUUUUUUGUCCAAUUUAGCUAAGACAGUUUGCUCAUAUAAUAUGUUUCUUUAAUU